CCUCACAGCCCCCAGCUCCCCCAGCCCCCCAGCAGACCCAUAGGAGACAAGCAGCAGAGUGUGACCACUGCAAGAGAUGGUCUCGGGGGGAGUCUUUUCACUGCUCCCCCCCUCCCUCCCUGUUUCUCUUCCUUCCAUUGUGGGGCCUACCCUCCCUUGAUGGCGGGGAGGGGGAGCGGAGGGGGGCUGAUAGAAAAUCCCUCUUCACAUUCCUGAUGUGACGAGAGAAAAGACGGGGAAGUCUGAAAGUAAGGAGACUCUGAAGAAGAGAGAUGGAGAGAGAGGUAGUGGGCCGAGUCCUGCUCCUCCAGCUGAUUGACUACCUGCUCCGUGGUUACGGUAGCGACCCGCUGGUGACCCGCCUCCUCGCCACCACCCGCGUCCACAUCCUCCCCUCCAUGAACCCCGACGGCUUCGAGUCCUCCGGAAGAGACUGCAUGUACUCUCCAGGGAGGUUCAAUAAGAACAGUGUGGACCUGAACAGGAACUUUCCGGACGCGUUCUCUCGUCCGGAGGGGGAGGGGGGCGAGCGGGAGGCCGAGGUGCGGGCCGUAAUGGACUGGCUGGCCAGCGAGAGCUUCGUCCUCUCAGCCAACCUGCACGGGGGUGCCGUGGUGGCCAGCUACCCCUACGACAACAGCAAUGGAGGAAGUGAGCUGCAGAAAGGGAACAGCGUGUCUCCAGACGACGAUGUGUUCGUCCACCUAGCGAAGACCUACUCCUUCACCCACGGCAGCAUGAGGAAAGGAGACAGCUGCUUCGACUCCCAGGACUUCCCAGAUGGCAUCACCAACGGGUACAACUGGUACCAGCUACCAGGUGGCAUGCAGGACUAUAACUAUGUGUGGUCCCAGUGUUUGGAGAUCACCCUGGAGCUGUCCUGCUGCAAGUUCCCUCCAGAGAAGGACCUCCCAGGCCUGUGGAACCUGAACCGGCCCGCCCUGCUAGCCUACAUGCAGCAGGUGCAUCUGGGUGUGAAGGGCCAGGUUCUGGACUGGGAUGGUCAGCCGGUCCAGAAUGCUGUAGUGGAGGUGGAGGGCAGACGGAACCUUUGUCCCUUUAGAACCGACCGCCAUGGAGAAUACUACCGGCUCCUGCUGCCCGGAAACUACACCUUCAAGGUGACGUUCCCUGGCCACCAUCAGCUGACUGAGACCCUGAGUGUUCCGUACGGUCCUGACUCCUCCUCCGCCCUCACGCACAACUUCCUGUUACAGAGAAGCACUUCUUCCAUCCCCUCGCUGCCCCCCACCACCCCCUGCAACACAUCCCAGCUGUGGGGGCCCCUGGAGGGGCACGCCAGGGCCCCACGGCCCCUCUGGACCGCCCUGCUCCUGGCUCUUACAUCCCUCUACCUCCUACCAGGACUGUAGCCUAGUGUGCUACUGCUGUGUACUAGCAUAUUAUCUAGUGGACACCUGCUAUGUACCAGCACACCAUAGAGUGCACUACUGCUGUGUACCAGAACACUAUCGAGUGGACACCUGCUAUGUACUAGCUAUCUAGUUAGCACACUCUACUGCACUACCGCUGUGUACUGGCACACUAUCUAGUGGACACCUGGUGUAGCCUUGUAGUACUUUCAUGUGGACGACUCCAUUAUGCUACGCUCCCCAUCUCGUGCACUACUGCUGUGUACUAG